AUGGUAGAUCCAAGUCUGUAUCAAGGGAACGCUCCAGAGCUGGAAACUAUGCAGGACGACGACGAGGACGAGGUGGCGAGUAACAUCUCUGCCGACUCGGACGCCCUCGAGCUCCGCGCCGAGGUCGAGCGAUUCGACCUCCAACAAGAAGCCUUUGUCGCUCGUCAGCGAGCCGAAGCAGCCGGCUUGCCCUACCAACCACCACCACCUCGCAAAGCAGGCGGCCGGAAGCCCAAACCACGGCGAACCACCGGUCCCCGGAAAGCAGCUAAGCUCCCGCCAGAUAUCCAGUUCCGCAUGUCCCUCGCCAACGAAGCCUUCCAACAGAAGGACUAUGACAAAACCAUCGCCCACCUCUCCGAGGUCAUACGUAUCAACAGCGAGGUCUUCAACGCCUGGAUGCUCCUCUCCACGGUACACGAAACCCUCGGCAACCGCGAGCAGGCCAUCUGGUGCCGCAUCUCGGCCGCGCACCUAACACCCCGCGACGUGGCCCAGUGGAUUUCCACGGCCGAAUACGCGCUCGAGUGUCUCGAGGAACUCGAGGAUGGCACGCCCGAGAAGGACGAGGUGCUGGCGCGCGCGUACGCUUGCUACACCCAGGCGCUCGAGACGGACCGCUCCAACAUCACGGCCCGCACCGGCCGGGCCGACGUCAUCAUGAUGCAGGGCAACUCUAGCAAGGCGCUGGCCGAGUACCAGAAGGCGCUUAGCUACCGGCCGUGGAACAUCCGCACGGUGCGCAACAUUGCCGACGUUGCGCUUGACGUCAAGGACCGGAGGAAGGGCGCCGACAUCGCGCGCGGCGCGUACAGGCGGUUGAUAGAUCAUCUGCAGGCCGAGGGCACGUUUGAGGCCGAAGAGGGGUGGUUUGAGUGGUCGGAUCUAAGAAUCUACCUGGAGUUCUUCACCAUCCUCGAGCAGUGGCAGGAGGGCGUGCGGGAGCUAAAGGAGAUUUCUCGCUGGUUGUUGGGGAGGAAGACAGAGACGUACUGGGACCGAUGGCUGGAUGAUGACAGGGAAUGGGACAUCCAAGACGACAGGCGAAUCGAGGUUCCCGAGUUCGAGCCUGCCAGGUUCCCGCCGCAGAGCUACGGACAGGGGCUUCCGGUUGACCUGCGCGCGAAGCUGUAUGUUUAUCGAAGCAAGCUGGGUUCCGAGUACGAGGCGAAUCUGCACCUGCAGCUGCUCGAUCCCACGAGGCAGGAGGACUUUAUGGACUUCCCGGACUGUCUCAAGGACAUUGCGGUCACACUGCUGGACCGCGAUAGGCCUGACGAGGCGAUCCGCUACCUCGACCUUUACCGGCACAUCGCUAUGACGACCGGGGACAUUACCCUAGAUGCGGAUUUCUCGGUCUGUCAGGGCCGAUACCACAUGGCGCGAGGAGAGAAGGCUGCUGCGGAAGAGUGUUUUAUUGCCGCCAUUGAGGAGGACGAGGACCAUAUUGAGGCGCGCGUGCAGCUCGCCAACAUGUACGAAGGUGAGGAGAUGCAGGAAGGCCGGGAAGAAGCCUUCCUCCUGGUGCGCGAAGCCAUGAAUUUGGAGGCGAGAGGGGGGGACGGCACGGGGCGGCGCAGGGGACCGUACGGGCCGCGGAAGCCGAGAGAGGGCAAACCGCGGCCCCGAAGACCUAGGGACCCGAACAAGAAGUCGAACUACGUGCCGAGGCGUCUAAUCAACGCCGAGAAGAGGCGGCAGCAGGAGCUCGAAAUGACGGCCGAGGCGGCCAAGAACUUCCAGCGGCUGCGGGAGGUCCAAGAUCGAGCCUUAGCCGGAGACGAGCAGGCCAAGGCAGAGUGGAUGAAGGCAGCCAAGCAUCUCAUCGACGACUUCCGGUCCUACAAGCAGUUCUACCCGUGGGAGAAGUACAUCAAGUUCUUAGGCUACGGUGCCAACGUGCAAGGGCAGGCAGCUGUGCCCGCGAGGAACAUGAAGCUGGCCGCCAUGGAGGAGCGUCUGCGGCAGAACCUCGCCCCCGCCGAGGGUCAGGAGAACGCCGUCAGGGUGCCGGUGAAGUUCCCCUCCGAGCACCGGGGCAUCGACUUCGACACCUGGCUCGACCUCUUCCUCAACUACGCUUUCGCCCUGGUCCGCGCUGGCCAGCAUCGCGAGGCGUACGUGGUCUGCCACGCGGCCCGCGACUCCAUAGUGUGGACGUCGGCCGAAUCGACGUUCCUCAUCCACGUCGCCUGGGCCUCAUGCGCGGUCUACGCAGGCGACGAAGAAACCUGCGUCGCCAUCGCCCGCUAUUUUAUGCGCGACUACAUGCCGGGCACAGACUCGUACCGCAUGUUCUCGGCUAUGUGCCGCGUUUGCCAGACGCCCGUGUCAUGGUACACCUCGGGCCCGGCGCAGAAGUUCAUCCUCCGCCAGAUCAAGACGAUGGACAACAUCGUCAUGCGCCGCGAAAACAACACCGCCAUAACGGGAACGGAUGCGCCGGCAACAAGCGCGGAUCCCAACAGCAAGUCGGCACCGGACCACGACAUCGGCCUCGACGUCGCGCUCCUGACCAUCUACGGACACAUCCUCUUCACAACGACGUCCUACACCUACGCGCUCUCGUACUUUGCGCGCGCCGCCUCGCUCGACCCGACCAACCCGCUCAUCAACCUCAGCACGGGGCUCGCGUACGUACACUACGCGCUCAAGCGCCAGGCCACCAACCGGCAGUACCUGCUCACCCAGGGGUUCGCCUUCCUGUUUCGGUACUACGAGGACCGGCUGCGCAAUGCGGGCGGCAAUGUGGCCCAGCGGCAGGAGGCCCACUUCAACAUUGCCCGCGCGUAUUCGCUAGUCGGGCUGGCCAGCUUGGCGGUGGAGUACUACAAGCGGGUGCUGGCGGAGGGCAGGGCGGACGGCGGAGGGGUGAUGGGGGACGAGGACCUGAGGGUGGAGGCGGCGUACAACGUCCGGACGCUGUGCUACCUGCUGGGGGACGUGGAGGGUGCGAGGGGGGUGGCCGAAGAGUGGCUAAUCCUGGAGUGA